AUGUCUUGCUCCUCCCAAACCCUUCCUGACCUUACGGGUGCCAUCAUCGACGGCGACCUUGAACUCCUCACAUUGCUCGGCGAGGGUUCAUAUGGAAAGGUUUACCAAGCCCAGUUCACUACCAUCCCCAAUCACUACCUGGCCGUUAAGUGCAUGCCCCGAUGCCGACGCCGGUCGCAACAUGCCCGGCUGCAGUCGAAGGAACUCCGCAAUCACAAGGCGGUUUCAAAACACCCCGGAGUUGUUACACUCUACCGAGAAAUUGUCACCGACGAAUUUGUCUUCGUCGUUCUCGAUUGUGCAGACACCGACUUGUUCAAAGUCAUGGCCUCUGGUCUCGUCUUCACCAAUCGUCCCCAGCUCAUUAAGGAGGCUAUCAACAGCAUCCUCGAUGCUCUGUCUUACAUGCACCGCAAGGGGGUCUACCACCGAGACCUCAAACCAGAGAACCUACUCUGCGACCGGAACGGCAAGAACAUUCGAAUCGCCGAUUUCGGUCUGUCCACUCAACGGUCAUACUCUAACCGACAUUGGUGCGGGUCGUUACCUUACAUGUCCCCAGAAACACUUGAUUCCCGCCACCCAUCCGCAAGCUCUGGUUACUCGACGAAGUCGAGUGAUCUAUGGGCUGUCGCGAUCAUGUUGUGCGCUUUUGUUUCCGGUGGACUCCCCUGGGGCAGACCACACGCGAGCGACGGGGCAUAUGCUGCCUUCCUGAAAAACGACGACUACCUAAUGUCGAGGCUGCACAUAACCCAAGAGACCAACGACUUGCUCAAGCGUUGUUUCCACACCAAGCGCCGUCACCGGCCAACCCUGGAGGAAUUCCGGGAUGCGGUUAACUCCAUCGACCGGUUUUCUACCAGCGAUCCUGUGGUUGUUUCUCGUACCCCCGUUACACCUGUUGCCAAACCCACCUCGCCUUCUGCGGAACCAAGUCCGAAGAAGACAACGCGCAGCCGACGGUCGUCGCUUGACUCGCUCGCUCGCACUAUUGGCCUCAAACGGUGA